AUGCUUAUCGAGAGUCAAGGCCCAAAAAUUGUGGUCAGCACAGAGAAUGGCGACUUCAAAUUUGAUGAGGUUGUGGUGACCAUUCCGCUGGGCUGUCUAAAGCGUGGGACACUCAACAUUGAUCCCCAAAUACCAUUACCACUCUACCGCGCGAUCCAGAACGCCUCUUACAGCAGCCUGGAAAAAGUUUAUAUCUCAUUCCCUCUCGACUUUUGGGGUUACGUCCCUACACCUGCAGCCACGACUCGAGAAGGCGGCAACUCGCCCACGAGCAGCAUAGCAACACCAAGUUUCACGCACUUUCUCAAUCCCCAAUACGUACCUGACGAGCAGAAAUCUUGGGCAAUCGAGCUAGUUCCUUUGUCCUCCAAAGAUCAUUUUGGAAGUCUAGCUCAGCCUACACUCUUAUUCUCUCUCUACGGACCAUGCGCAGCUUAUGUGACAUCUCUCAUCCAAAAUCUCUCACCAAAUAGUGCAGAAUAUUUCGAUACACUGGUUGGAUUCUUUCGCCCGUAUUAUAGUCUGCUACCCAACUACAAAGCUGGCUGUCCUGAAUGCAUGCCAAAUGCUAUCCUUGCUACAAACUGGCAGAAUGACGAGUUGGCAGGAAAUGGGUCAUAUACAAAUUUUCAGAUUAGCGAUUACUCUCAGGUUGAAGGGGAAGAAGUACACUUGGAUGAAGACAUUCGGACAACGAGAGCUGGCUUGCCAGACCGAGGGAUAUGGUUUGCAGGAGAACAUACUGCGCCAUUCAUCGCGAUAGGUACUACAACAGGUGCGUAUUGGAGUGGAGAAUCAGCUGCCGUGAAGAUUCUUGCUGCAAAUGGGCUCUUGUCAGGACAAGCUCAGAGCCCAGAUCUGGCGCGCAAUACCGAAGCAAGCAGAGACGAUGUGCAAGGAGUACAUGUACUCCAGGACGCGAUUUCUCCCGCAGGAACCGAUACUAGUCCGCAAGAAGCGUUUCCAACCCAUGGUUAA